AGGUAAAGUUGUAAACAGUGAAAACAGCUAUUCUUUCAGUCUAUCCAUAAAAAUAAUAAAGACUAUUAUAAGAGUCUUGAUCUAUCUAGAUAAAUUUAUCACACUAACCAUUAGAUCCUAGCAGAUCGAGAUCUUAAGAUUUAGAUUUACAUUUAAUACGACCUAGUCUAGAUGAUCUAGAUUUAGAUCUAAAUUAGUCUAGAUCUAGAAUAAUUUCAAAUCUAGUGAGAGUGACAAUCUAGUGACUCUACUCUAGUCUCUAUAAAAUAUAAAAAGUAUAAUAAUAAUAGUAAUAUACUAAUAUUAAUAUAGAUCUAAUAUUAAUAAUAAUAAAUAUAAUUCAAUUUAAUUGUAAAUAAAAUAGUUCUAGACUAGAAAUAGAUUUUACUAGAUUAACUAGAUAGUAGAUCUAGUAGAACUUAGGACUUAGUAGAACGAAUUAGGAGUUACAAAGUAUAUUAUAAUAAUUAAUAAUAUAAAACUAAGACAAUAAAUUUUAUAAAUAAUUAGAAUCUAAAUUCAGCAAAUAAAGUUAUAAACUUAUAAUUAAGUGUCAACUAGUCUAAAGAUUAUAUAAUAUAUAAAUUAUUUAAAUUAAUACUAGAUCUACUAACUAGACUCUAGGUAACCUAGAUUCUAGAUCUAAAUCCAGUUCAUACAAAUAGACAAUAGUAAUCACUAAAACAGUCAUAAAAAUGGCAGACUCCUAUUCAAUGGUAAAAGGUGGAAAACUAAAACUUAAAGGCCAAAAACAGAAGUCAAAGAAACACAAAAGUCACAAAAGAAAACAUGACGGCAGUCUGACAGAUGCACCGGACAAGACAAACGAAAGAGAAGACACAAAUAAACAUGGUGGCUGGUGGGAAAUCAAGAAGUUUGCAGACAUUGCGGCCAAUGUGGCAAUUGAAUUUGAAGACAACACAUACAUCACUGCUCUUGACAAUGGUGGCCUGGCUUUAGGGCCAACCAGGAAAGUUGGUGAAGCUCCUGAUCCAGCAGAAAUCUUCACCACCAUAAAGGUCAACGAAACCAAGAUAGCUUUCAAAUCUGGUUAUGGCAAGUACUGGGGUGUAGAGGCUGAUGGUAAAGUGGUUGGGGUGGCAGAAGCGAUGGGUUCUAGGGAACAGUUUGAACCAGUCUUUCAAGAUGGUAAACUGGCCAUUAGUGGCUGUAACAACUGUUUCCUGUCCUAUGACGAGGAGGGUAGAAUAGUUUGUUUAAGCAGGACAGCAGGGCCGAAAGAAAUGUUGCGUGUUAGGUCAAGCGCUGCCAGAGAAAGAGACCCACUUGAAGACAUCCCUAAAGAAGAUCGAGGCUCUGUCAAGGAGGCUGAAAUCAACUAUGUGAAAAAAUUCCAGAGUUUUCAAGACAGACGCCUACGUGUCAGUGAAGCAGAUAAGAAAGAUUUGAAGAAAGCCAAACGUGAAGGAGAUCUGCAUGAGGUGAUGCUAGACAGAAGAGAGAAAAUGAAAGCUGACAGAUACUGUAAAUAAGCACCACACACAGGGUAUGGAAACUGUAGACAGACUCUAUUUUUAGAAUUAAAACAUUUAAACUUUUAAA